AUGGAUAGCAACAAGCAAACAAAGGGUCGCCAAAGAAUCGACACCUCAAAAAGGCGCGAGAACGAAGAAGAUCGCCUCAUCACCUUUUCGAAACGCCGAUCCGGCCUUUACAAGAAGGGUAGUGAGCUUUGUACCCUUUGUGGUACUCAGCUCGCCAUCCUUAUCUUCUCUCCUUCAGGCAAGCCUUUCUCGUUCGCUCACCCUAACAUCGAGGUGAUUGCUACGCGUGUAUUGGAAACCAACCCUCGAUCAGCGGAUGAAGACUCUAAUGGAGCAAUAGAUGCUUGUCGUAGGAAUAGCAUCAAUGAGCUUAAUGAACAACUCUCUCUGUUAAGCAAUGAAGUGGAGUAUGAGAAGGAACGGGGAACGAAGUUAGCUCAGACAACCAAAGCCCGUCAAAACAAGCCUUUGUGUGAACAAAAGAUGGAUGAACUCAGCGAUUAUGAUGCUCAGAAGCUGAAAGCUUGGCUGCUCGAGCUGCAAGCGAGGAUUAACAACCGUCUUGAGGAGCUAAAUGUUACUCAAGCUACGCACCCAUCUUCUGCUGUUGGCACGAUUGAUGGAAAUGCUAGUUCUUCGAGCUAUGGCUAUGGGGGACAUACAUUUCAAAAAAUCUAA